ACCACGUCAACGCUAUAUCUCACCUGAGGUUUUCUUUCUCUUUGAAACAUGGAACGGAAGCUCGACUACCGUCACUCGGCCAGAGGGGAUUGUGAAGUUGUUACUUCUCGGGUUUCGAUAACAUUCUUCCAUUCUGUCAUUUUAUUUUUCUUAAAGUUUAGUUUUCUUUGGCUUUGGUUGUUUGGGUUCCGGCAAUGGCGCUCGGCAUUCUUCCAUGCACUCUCAAAUUCAAACUUUUCUCUUUCCACUUCAAAUCUCUGCCAGCAAGAAAGCCCAUUUUGGCGCGAAAUUCAAAUGGACUAGAGUUAUCCAACGGCUAUGCCUCUUCAAAGGCAAAGAUUGACUUCCCAGGCAAGCCAGAAGCAGAUGUGGUUGUCAUUGGAAGUGGAAUUGCUGGACUGUGUUGUGCAGGCCUUUUGGCUAGAUAUCAGCAAGAUGUUCUUGUAUUAGAAAGUCAUGAUCUACCUGGAGGUGCGGCUCACUCAUUUGAGAUAAAAGGAUACAAAUUUGAUUCUGGUCCAUCUCUGUUCUCUGGAUUUCAAUCAAGAGGCCCCCAGGCGAAUCCUCUUGCCCAAGUUUUGGAUUCAUUGGGUGAGACAGUUCCAUGUGCCACGUAUGACUCAUGGAUGGUUUACAUACCUGAAGGUGAAUUUUUGUCACGCAUUGGUCCUACAGAAUUUCUUAAGGACCUUGAGAAGCAUGCGAGUUUGGAUGCUGUGAAGGAAUGGAAAAAACUCCUUGAUGCAGUCCUUCCUAUGUCAGCUGCUGCAAUGGCUCUACCACCUUUAUCUAUUCGAGGUGAUUGGGGUAUUCUUUCCACAGCGGCUGCUAGAUAUGCUCCUUCACUCGUAAAAUCCUUUAUGCAAAUGGGACCUCAAGGAGCUCUCGGUGCCACUAAACUUCUCAGACCCUUCUCAGAGAUAAUGGAUUCAUUGGAAUUGAAAGACCCCUUUAUACGGAACUGGAUGGACCUUUUGUGCUUCUUACUUGCAGGGGUGAAAUCUAAUGGUAUACUAUCAGCAGAGAUGAUCUACAUGCUUGCAGAAUGGUAUAAACCAGGCUGCAAACUUGAAUACCCUCUUAAUGGAAGUGGGGCUGUUGUUGAUGCUCUUAUACGAGGUUUGCAAAAAUUUGGUGGAAGGAUUGCCCUAAGAAGUCAUGUAGAAAACAUUGUUGUUGAAAAUGGUCGAGCUGUUGGAGUGAAACUACGAAGUGGCCAAUUUAUACGUGCUAAAAAGGCUGUAGUGAGCAAUGCAUCUAUGUGGGACACUUUGGAUCUUUUACCGAAGGAAGUUGUCCCAAAAUCAUACCAGGAUAGGAUCAAAAUGACCCCACAAUGUGAAUCAUUCAUGCAUCUGCAUUUGGGCUUUGAUGCAGAGGGUAUCCCUGGAGACUUGGGAAUCCAUCACAUUGUUGUAAAUGAUUGGAAAAGAGGAGUUGAUGCUGAUCAGAACGUUGUUUUGAUCUCUGUACCUACUAUGCUGAGUCCAGAUUUGGCUCCUCUAGGGAAACAUGUAUUGCAUGCCUAUACACCAGGAACCGAACCAUUUGGGUUAUGGGAAGGCCUUGACCGCAGAAGCUCUGAAUAUAAAAGACUAAAAGCUGAACGCUCAGAGGUAAUGUGGAGAGCAGUGGAACGUGCACUUGGUCCAGGCUUUCGCCGUGAGAAAUGUGAGGUGAAGUUAGUAGGAACACCACUGACACAUCAGAGGUUUCUUAGGAGGAAUAGAGGUACAUAUGGGCCAGCUAUACAAGCUGGCAAAGACAGUUUUCCUGGACAAUCAACUCCAAUCCCACAACUUUUCUGUUGUGGGGAUUCUACUUUUCCAGGUAUUGGAGUUCCUGCAGUUGCUGCUAGUGGUGCCAUCGUUGCCAACUCACUGGUCUCUGUCUCUCAACACUCUCAGCUUCUCGAUGCCAUUGGAAUUUAAUUGAAUUGGUCAUACAAGGCCUCUUUGUCCCAAUUUACUUCAUUGAUUGGUUUAAUCAUAGAGACCACUGCUUGGUGUAAUGGUAUAGAAUCUCGGGUAACCGGGGCCACUGCUUGGCGUAAUGGUAUGGUAUAAAAUCUCGGGCAAACAAGUUCAAACGAGUUCUAUUUAUUUGUAUAUUGUUUUCAUACUCAUUUUUCUCAGGUAAUAGUAUUGCAAACAAUUGCAUUUCUUUUUGUACAACUUUGUAUCGUGUAAUCUAUGACAUGCAUUAAACAGCCACAGGACAUUGCUGUAGAAAAAUAUAUGUCCACUGUUAUUUUAUCCCAACUAAAUUGAAUCCUAAUUCUA